AUGACUCGGAAUACAGCAGAUUUGGCAAUUCCCCAUAUCAAUUCCUUUAACCAUUUUUUGAAUGUAUCUAUACCUCGUAUGGCUAGACAAUUUGAACCAGUAUCAAUUAGAGAUAAGUUUGAAAAUCAUUUGAAGAUUUCAGUCGAUUCUAUUCAAAUAGAUAAACCGUUACUUGUCGAUGGAAAGACUAAAAAGACUACUAGAUCGAUCCCAGCUUUACCUUCUUUGUGCCGACAAACUGCUCGUACUUAUCGUGGUGAGAUAAGACUUAAUCUAGUGAUCGAUCAAAAUGGUAUGUGUAGCCAAAAAACCGUUAGUAUAGGUACUCUGCCUAUUAUGCUUGGCAGUGACUUGUGCCAUUUGGCUGGUAUGUCGGCUGAUAUGCGUAUUAAAGCUAAAGAAGAUCCUAAUGAUUUAGGAGGCUACUUUAUCUGUAACGGAUUAGAGAAGUUGUGUCGUUUUAUUCAGACUCAGAAGAAGUAUGUGCCUUAUGGUUUGUUUCGGCCUUCUUUGGCUAAGAAGAUUAAGAAUGGUACUAGUCAUGCCGUUGGAUUUAAGUCGGCCCGAUUGGAUGGUCGAGUUAGUAUUUUUGUUUUACACUAUCUAUCAGAUCAUUCAGUGCGUGUUAAAGUUCGUUAUGGGAUGAGGGAGUACUAUAUUCCUUUAACCCCAAUUCUUAGAGCACUUUCUGGUCGGACUGAUAAGGAAAUACAUCGUGAUUUAUGUGCUGCUUUAAAUGAUGAUCCAGAUAUGGUUCAGUAUGCCGAUUUGUUAAUUCAGAGCUUUGCCUUUCAUAAGAGUUAUACUCAAAACGAAGCACUGGCUUAUCUGGGCAAAUGGUUCAAAGUUUUGUUUGAAGUAACUUCCCACUCUAUUUUACUUGAUGGUCCAGCCCGUACCACAACUGUAGAGAAAAGGAGUAUACCUACUGAACCGGCCGAAAUUCAAAAUCUAAUCAAAAACCAUAUCUAUCUUGAAAAUGAUAUUGAGUAUGGCGAACGCUUUUUAAGAGAGACUUUAGCCGUUCAUUUGGAGAAGAAUGAAGAUAAGUAUAAUUUGUUGAUUUUAUGUCUAUCUAAACUCUUCUUACAAGUGGCUGAAAAGAUCACUCCUGAUAAUUCUGAUUCAGUAAUGAUGCAUGAAGUUAUUACGCCUGGAGAUAUCUUUACGGAAAUUUUCGCUGAUCGUUUAGUGAUUAUGCGCCGUAAUUUAAUGGGAUACGUACUAGGUAAUGUUAUCAUUCGUUCUCGACCAAUUACUGAUACUAAGUUGAUAGAUAGUCUGUUUAAAGCGGCUUUCUUUGAUAUUUCUUCGGUAUUUAAUCGGUUGAUCAGUACGGGUAUACUUAGUAUUGGCAACUUAGCUAACUUUGCCAGUAUGCAACAAGCUGGGUUUGUUAUUAUAGCUGAACGUUUGAACUUCUGGCGGUUCUUCAGUCAUUUCCGUUCGGUUCAUCGUGGGGCUUACUUCCAGGAGAUAAGAACUACAACCGUACGUAAACUCUUACCUGAAUCUUGGGGAUUCCUUUGUCCCGUACAUACACCAGAUGGUUCACCUUGUGGACUACUUACCCAUCUAUCUAAUCAGUGUGAAAUCUCUUACGAACUAAAACGUAUGCCCGUUCAGGACUUAGUAGAAUGCGGUCUAGUUCUUUCUUGGGGUGCUUAUAUUAAGGGUGUACCGGUAGUGCAAAAUGGCCAGGUAGUUGGCUUUGUCGCCGAAGAUGAAGCUGAUAAUUUUGUUAGUUUGAUUAGAAGAAAGAAAGUUCAAAAUCAAAAGUAUAUCUAUCUAGAAGUGUUUUAUCAAAAUGGACCUGCUUCCCAAAAGUCUAUCUUUUUAAUCAAUUCUCCCAACCGAUUAAUGCGUCCAGUUCAUAAUUACCAAGAAAACAAAACAGAGUACAUAGGAACAACUGAACAAGUCUUCUUACAACUACAAAAUCUUGGGGGUACACCUACUCCUCUAGCUACUCAUCAAGAAAUAGAUAAGACUAAUAUGUUGAGUUUAGUAGCCGGAUCAACUCCACUUGGUAAUCUUAAUCCGAGUCCUCGAAAUAUGUACCAGUGCCAAAUGGCUAAGCAAUCAAUGGGGACUCCGCCUUACUCGCAAAAGUACCGGACUGAUCAGAAGACUUAUGAGUUCGAAUAUCCGCAAAUUCCUCUCUUCCAUACUAAUAUCUAUAAGAACUACCAACUCAAAGACUAUCCGAUUGGUAAGAAUAUUAUGAUUGCCAUUAUCUCAUAUACGGGUUAUGAUUUGGAAGAUGCAGUUAUUUUGAAUAAGGCUAGUGUUGAUAGAGGGUUUAUGCGAGGUUCAAUUUUGAAAUCUGAAUCAAUCAAUUUAGAUAAGACUAAAUCCUUACAUCUAGGUACUUUACAGAGUGAAGAUGGUCUUCCUUCAAUUGCCCAAGUAAUUAAAGAUAAGGACACUAUCUAUACAAUUCGUGAUGAAGAGACUUUUACUGAGGUUCCGACUAAAAACAAAAGUAUGGAAGAGAUGCGGAUUGAUUCUGUUGCUGUUUUUAAUUCUGAGAUUGGUAAACGUGCUGCUCUUAUUAAGUCACGUAUUCCACGUAUUCCUACUAUCGGAGAUAAGUUCAGUAGUCGUCAUGGUCAAAAAGGUGUUUGUUCUAUUCUUUAUGAAGAUGAAGAUAUGCCCUUCUCUGAAUCUGGUAUUACACCCGAUCUUAUUAUUAAUCCUCAUGCCUUCCCUAGUCGAAUGUCUAUUGGGAUGUUCAUUGAGAAUAUGGCUACUAAAGUUGGAGCUAUGUCUGGUGAGUUCCAAGAUGGUUCUAUGUUCAAGUAUGGCGAGUCUUUGAAAGCUCAUGAGUACUUUGGUGAUUUAUUGGAAGCGCAUGGAUACCGUCGGGGUGGAGGAGAAACUCUUUACUCGGGAGUGACUGGUAAGCCACUUAAAGUAGAGAUCUUCUUUGGAAUUGUUUACUAUCAGCGAUUGCGGCACAUGGUUAAUGAUAAGUUCCAAGUUAGAACUACUGGUCCUAUUCAUAAUCUUACUAAGCAGCCGAUUGGUGGACGAAAACGAGCUGGAGGUAUUCGUUUGGGAGAAAUGGAACGGGAUGUUCUUAUCUCUCAUGGUGCUUCUUCACUUAUUCAAGACCGAAUGAUGAAAUGUAGUGAUGGGACUAUUAUGAAUAUUUGCCGUGAGUGUAAUACUCUUUGUUUCUUCCAAGUUUGGAAAUGCACGACUUGUAACUCAGCCCGUAAUAUUGUACGCACUGAGUUUCCUUAUGUCUUUAAGUAUCUCUUAACUGAGCUAAUCUCUAUGAAUCUUGAGUGUCGGUUUACCUUCCAAUCCAAAGAUACGCCUCUCGUCCUUAAAUAG